AUGGGGCCUGGACUGAAUUUAUCCACUAUCUUAGAAAAAUCCGAUAUGAUCGAGAAUUCUAAUAUGUCUAUUGCCCUCACUCCAAGUGGCAUGAAAAAGAAAUGUUAAAUCUCAAUUUCCAAAUCCUCAGACCUGACUAUUUUAGAUCAAGAAUUUGUUUAUGAUUCAGUUGCUGAUAAAAUGAAAUGCUUAUCAAAAAUAAUGCCCCAGCCAUCAAGAUUACAACAUAAAUCUAAUUAGCCUUAAAUGUAAAAAUUACUUAAAUAGAUUAAUCAUAAUUUUUCUAUGUUAAUUUUAGUUAUUCUUUUUAAUAAUAAUUUAAAUUAAUUAUGUUAACAAAUUAUUGACCUUUUUUGA